UGGCUCUCCGUGAUGUCCCAGAGUGCUGUUUGAUUGGACGGCCUCUCCAGUCGUUACCAGGGGCGUGGAACCAUGCGAGCUGAAUGGGGAACACAUUUGUGUUUCUCGCCGUUGUAUUAACCUAGCUAACUUAUUGGGGAGCGACGUUGACAAGAGAAAACGGUUGUCCGCGUAAAAUUGGUGAGGGAAGGCAGGAAAACUAACAUUCCCCGUGUCUUAAAACCCGGCCCAUUGGUCUUUAAAUAACGUACAAGCUCCGCAUACAGUAGAAACCGCGGAGAGACUCGGCAUCGUUACGUUAUCUGCCACCGAAGCAAGGGAUGAGGGGACUUGAAAGGAGACAAAUAUAACAUAUUCGUCGUUUUUUUUCCUCGUUAAUAUGAGGUAUGUGGUCACUUAGUAAAGACUGAGUUGAACCUGUAUUCGUUUACGUCUUUUGGGUAGCUUUUGUACGUGAAAAUGGGGACACUAUGCAGAUAGGGCGUUUUAAAGUCCACCUUUUGCCAUGGACAAUCGGCUAACGUUAGCGAUGUUUUUAUAACACUGGACCUGGCAGUUCUGUCUGUGUCGUGUAACGUUAGCGUGGGUUUAGCCGAGGUUUUUUGGUCGAUUUUCUUCGCUUUUUGAACAUAGCUCCUGAUAUCGAAUGAAAUCUCGUCUGUCACUGUUUGUUAAGGGCCUUGGCUGGUAAACUGCGUCACCGAGUGGGAGCUGCAGGUAUUCAUCUCUACUGUAAAUCUACAUAUUGGAAGUCUAGCCAUGGCACGAAUGACCUGGAAACCAAAGUGACUGCACCUUUAAAUCAUCAUGGAGCCGGAGGCUAAUUCAAACUCCACGGCCCACCAAGAACUGAAACACCCAUCUGUACCCAACUCAAAGUGUGAAAUGAAUAUGAACAAGGCCACGGGGGAUGGAAAUGUCAAUCUUGUGGACUCAGUUUUGAGAGAAGGGAGUGACCCCAGUCCACAUCCUUCCUCUAGUUAUCAGAGGAAUGUGCAUCAGAGAUUCAUCAGGAGAAGUCUGUGGUUCUCGGAACCAGAUGAGCAGGCCUUUGAAGCACCUGAAUGCAAUAACAGGAAUAAGAUCCUAAACAUAAACCUGCGGACAAUAGUGGACAGGACACGAGGGACUAGCUGUGGGGUACAGGAAGGUUCCAGCACUGAAAGUCAAGGUGGGCAAAAAGACAGUGCAACAGAGAGUGCCAGUGCCGAUGAAGAGAAGGAUAGAGGUGGAGAUGCAUUAAAUCUUACAUGCAAUGAAAGUGGUAAAGCUGCUAUCAAGGCAUCCAGUGAAGAAAAUGAGGAGGAGGCGGAGAUGAAAGCUGUUUCCACGUCUCCAGGAGGAAGAUUUCUCAAAUUUGACAUAGAGCUGGGGAGAGGGUCUUUUAAGACGGUCUACAAGGGCCUGGAUACUGAGACAUGGGUGGAAGUUGCCUGGUGUGAGCUGCAGGAUCGCAAGCUGUCAAAAGUGGAACGUCAGCGCUUUAAGGAGGAGGCAGAGAUGUUGAAGGGUCUUCAACAUCCAAACAUCGUCCGUUUCUAUGACUUUUGGGAGUCACCCCUUAAAGGGAAGAAGUGCAUUGUUUUAGUAACAGAGCUCAUGACGUCGGGAACGUUAAAAACCUAUCUAAAGCGUUUCAAGGUAAUGAAGCCAAAGGUCCUGAGGAGCUGGUGCAGGCAGAUCCUGAAAGGCCUUCACUUUCUCCACACCAGGACCCCUCCUAUCAUCCAUAGGGACCUCAAAUGUGACAACAUCUUUAUUACUGGGCCUACAGGCUCAGUCAAAAUAGGGGAUUUAGGACUGGCAACACUAAAGGCGGCUUCCUUUGCUAAAAGCGUCAUAGGCACCCCAGAAUUCAUGGCUCCAGAGAUGUACGAGGAACACUAUGAUGAGGCUGUGGAUGUCUACGCCUUUGGCAUGUGUAUGUUGGAAAUGGCCACCUCGGAAUACCCCUACUCUGAGUGUCAGAAUGCUGCUCAGAUAUACCGCAAAGUCACUAGUGGAGUGAAGCCAGCCAGCUACAACAAGGUCAUGGAUCCUGAAAUCAAGGAGAUUAUUGGGGAGUGUAUCUGCCAAAAGAAAGAGGAGCGGUACACCAUCAAGGACCUGUUAAACCAUGCUUUCUUUGCUGAGGACACAGGUGUAAGGGUGGAGCUAGCUGAGGAAGAUGAUGGGAAAAAGGACUCAAUAGCCCUGAAACUAUGGGUGGAGGACCACAAGAAAUUAAAAGGGAAGUACAAGGAGAGUGGAGCCAUCGAGUUUGCGUUUGACCUGGAAAAGGAAGUCCCUGAGGUUGUGGCACAAGAGAUGGUGGAGUCUGGCUUCUUCCAUGAGAGUGAUGCUAAGACUGUGGGAAAGUCAAUCAGGGACCGUGUGGCACUCAUCAAAUGGAGAAGAGAGAGAACCGUGUCUGCUGCGGUUCCAGUGGAACAAGGUGAAGGGAGGCACACAGUCCAGAUGACAACAUCUCAGGGCAUCCCUGCUGGAGCUGCACAUGUAGGACAGCUUGGGCUGGAACCAGAAGAGCCAGAGGCAGACCAGCACAACAGGCUGUUUAACCUACCAACCAGUGCCACCUCAGUGACAUCAGACGGCACACUUGAUAGUGGCAUGGGCUCCACUGUGUACUCAGAAUCCCACAGCAGCCAGCAGAGUGUCCUCUACCAGUCCCUGCUGGAGCCUAUUACUAUGGCAACACAGCAGUGCCACAGCCGUAGCCCUUUUCUGACAACUCAACCUCACUCCUGUGAAAAGGGUGAAGUAUGGGGGGCAACACUGAGCCCAGAGCUCAGGACUCGAUUGGGAGCUGCAACCCGGAGAGGAAGUGCCCCUGUUAUUGACACUCACAGGGCAGACCACAUUGCUCAACUCCAUGCCCUCAUUCAGUCACAGAGAUCAAUCAGUCCCACCCCAACAGUGCCAGAGAAACGGUUAGAACUCAGCCCCCCUGAGAUUCACUCAGAGGCUAAAAAUCGGUUCUCCUCUCAGGGUGCUCUACCAGUACUGCAGGCCUUCCCUGUCUCUUCACCCUCUGAGUACCGGCGCUGUAGUGACACCAGCAUCAGACUGUUAUCAGAGUCCACCAGUGAGAACCUAACACUUCCUGUGCCAAGUGUACGCAGACAUUCUGACCUUAGUAGUCUGACUUCUUGUCAUAACCACCAUUUUGCAAUGAAUAAAGGCCACAUAUGCCAGGCCUGCCUCUCUUUGCUUCUUCUAAGGUCACGAGAAGGGAGCCACCGCCGUCCUUCUGUUGCCAUGCCAACACACCACUGUCCAUGUGACUUUAGACAAAACUUGUCCUCUGGUGGAGCAAUGACCAGUCCUACUUAUGGACGGCUGAAAGGUUUGAGUGAUUGUUCCAAUUUCUCACUCCUGCAGCUGUCCCUGUUUAACAUAAUCAGCCGCAAAGCAGCGCCUUGUCAUACCAUACCCUCCCAAGCCUCCAUGCUGCACUCCUCGGUUGCCCACAGGCCUGUCCGCAGUGAUGGAGACAGCAGUCUGAAGAGUAAUCUUCUGAAUUCCAGUAUGGUUGGUGACCGAGAACCUCGUCAGGACUGCGAGGAUAGAUUCUGUGCCAGAGAGCAGCAAGUUACCAGGGCUGUGGGAGUGGCCAGUUCUGCAGGUCACCAGAAUCAAACAUCUGUACAGGGCCUGCCUUCUUCCAGAACAGCAGUGCACACACCACUGCAGUGCCUCCAGCCUGGACACAAUUACCCUGCUGCGCCAUAUGCUGGCCAACACAAUGCUGUAACAGCAGCUCCAGCUAGUCUAUGUUCAGUCCAGCAUACAGUCGGUGCUGCUGGCUACACACCUCCAAGUGUGCAACAGACCCAGGCUGCAGCAAAUAUUUUAGCAUCAGCUGUGCCACAACAUGUUGCACAGAGCUACCAAGCACCAUGCCACCAACAGCAACAGGCAACAGCAGCAAGCCCUUUGACUUUUCCUUUGAAAGCCCAACAGACUUGUCAGAACUGUGUGUCUCAACAACAGGCUCACUCUGCAUCAGGAUAUCCUACUCCAGUUCAGCAACAGACUGCUGCAGCAGCAGCUGCUCUGCCAGCACAGCAGCCAGCACAAAGUUACCCUUUUGCAUCUUUAUCCCCAACUAUGGCAGCCAUUUCACAGUGUCAUGAUAAUAACCAAGCUCCCUGCACACUGCAAAACGUCAAACUGCCAAGUCAGCAGCCUAUUCAGAGCUCCUCGACACCAGCACUUUACAGCCAACAGAUACCCAUUCAGCAAGAGCACCAACUAAAUACUCAGUCCAAUAUACAACUAACACAACAUGCUGAGCAAGCUCAUAUUCAGCCUCAACUCCAGCAUAGCCAAGAACCUCUGCAUACCGUACACCAACAAAUGGCACAACAGCCUACCCAGCUUUCUCAAAGUAUUCAGUCUCCUGGUCAGCAGCAAGUACACACCCUAACUCUACAGAAGCACAGUCAGAAAGCCAUGCAAACUCCAGUUCCACAACAGAGCCAAGAUGUAUCCCAGUCUACAGUCCAACAGGUUCAUAUCCCAGCUUCUCACCUUCAUCCGACAGCACACCCAGUUGUGCAGGUUGCAGCCACACACCAGAGUUACCCUGCUGCUGGUCUACCUGAUGCUGCCUCUCAAAACUAUGCACAUUCUGCCCUCAAUGCGCUGCAGCAACAGACAGCAUCAGCUCAGAGCCACUACAUGUCUGCACAGUCUACUGCUGCUCCCCAGACUUACAGAGGACAACAGAAUAUACUUGCUGGUCAUAGCAUAUCACAGCAUGUACAAGAUGGACAGAGCCAUGGGCAGAAUCUUAGCCAGUCAGCUUCAAGUGCACCAGCCCAGGCACUGCCUCCUGAACAGUCAAUGGCUCAGGCUACUGUCCAGCAACAACUCCAACCUCAGCAGAUUUCAAACUCUCUAGCACCAACACAUCCAUCCCAGUAUCCCACAAUCCAGGUGAUGACAGCUGUGACUGACUGUGAAUCCUCUUACCCUUACUCCUGCACUGCCCCUCACCCUUCAACCUCUUCUUCUUUUAAUCACAUCUUCCUUUCUCCUGGACAGACUCUCCCUGUGACCCCCUUUGUCUCCCCCCUUUCUCCUCUGCACAUAGAAAAUGUGUUAGUUUCACCCACUCCAGUGUCCCUCAUACCUUCCCCCUCACUAAUGCUGGGUAGGGUGGGACCCACAUCCCCACAGCACCAGCCCACUGCUGCUCUGCAGCAAAGUGUUAGAUCGGAAUCUUCUCAUUCACAACCUGCAUUUAUAUCAGCACCAAUCACCCAACCCGUACACACAUACCCACUUGCCACGUGCCAGAACACACACCCUCCCACAAAUGGCAGCAAUCAGCCUCUGAUGCAGCAGGUUCAGCAGGCCCAGAUCAGUAAUCCUGAGCUUGUCCCUUCUGCUCAGCCAGUCCAGCCUGCUCAGCUCACCCAACCUGCAGUCUUCUCUUCACCUUUGCUGAAUGGGUCAGACCCAUGCACAGUCACUACUGUAGCCCAGCUGGACAACAAGAAUCCAUGCCAGCUGGCCCUGCAGGCCCAGAGUCAGGUUCAGAGCCAGAUUCCUGUUCUUCAGCCCUCUGACUUUCAGAGAGUGUCAUCUGGGUCUGCUAGUUCCUGCCUGACUCAGCAGACACAGCUCAAUAGUCUCACUGGAGCUGCAGGUCAGGGUCCAACGGAGACCAACACUGAGGAUCAAGCUGCAGAGAGACACACUGAAGGACAUAGCUAUGACAGUUUAAACUCUGAUGCCACGUCAGGGAAGGAGAUGAGUGACGGUUACGAGGGGACAUAUGGAGCUAAAGGCGAAGGGAAAGUCCGCAAACACCACCGCAGGUCCACACGCACUCGUUCUCGGCAAGAGAAGACUAGCAGGCCAAAGCUCAGCAUGCUCAAUGUGUGUAACACUGGUGAUAAGAUGGUAGAAUGUCAGUUGGAAACUCAUAACCACAAAAUGGUUACUUUUAAGUUUGAUCUGGAUGGAGAUGCACCGGAAGAGAUUGCUACAUACAUGGUGCAGAAUGAUUUCAUUUUGCCUUUAGAAAAAGAAGUGUUUAUCGAGCAACUGAAGGACAUCGUGGACAAGGCUGAGGACUUGCUGAGUGAAGAUGCAGAGAGUGAGAAGAACUCUGACCAAGGAAGCAGUCCCAAACAAUGUGAAGGAGCUAGCGCUCUGGGAACAGAGGGAUUGAAGGCUUUUUCACCCAGCACACCACAGCUGGUGUACCAGCAAAAUGUCCUCCACACAGGCAAACGCUGGUUUAUCAUCUGCCCUGUUGCUGAGACGCCUAUGUUGGAUAAAGAGAAGACUACGUCUCACACCUCUACAGCCCAGGAAUCUGAAAAGUCUGCCUCAUCAUCAGUCGGCCCAAACAGCAACACGACUGCAGUGACUCCCCCAGUCACAUCUUUAUCCUCCCAAAGCCCAUCCUCCUCCCCUUUGCUCCCUGCAGCUCAGACCUUAGUGCCACCUCAAGACCAAAACAUUGAAAAAACACGGAUCCAGCAGCCUCAGCCCUGUAUAAAUAAACAUCCCCUUGUUGAUGUUGGUGCCAGCCAUCACAACUCCCUUCCUGUGGAAGAGCCUUGCAUCUCUGCUGUCUCUAUGGUAACGGAUAUUCCAUGCUGCGCUAUUGUGCCACCUGUCUCUCUGAAUGUGAAUGCUAUUGAUAAAGAAGCAGUUAGUGGUUUGACCUCUUCUCAAAAUAAUCAGCCGAACCAGAAGGCCAGUCCUACUGGAGAACUACCCCCUCAGCUGGCCUCCCAACAGUCUGUGGUCCUGCAACAACCUUAUGCCACGCCCAUGCAGCCUGGGACAGUCACCUCCCAGCCCCAGAGUCCAGCACAUCAGAACUCCCAGUCCACAAGCCACCAGCAGCCAGUAAGUGGGGGGCCAGGAGAGUCGGACGGUGAGGGACCACGCAGAGUGGAGUUUGCAGACCGCACCAUCAAGAUGGAUGAGAAGCUGAGAAACCUGUUUGUACCAGGAGCAUGCUCCCCCCAGGCCUCUAGCACUGCAUCUGACCCCCAGGCCUCCAGUAGAGGAGUAGGUUCACCUCCAGUCUCUGAGGGCCAAAGCACGGAGGGAUCACUUACAAAGAAGAAGGGGGAGCAGCUGCCUCAGAUUGCUGAGAGCACAGAUAGCGUGGGUGCACUAAAUGACUCUUCAGUGGCAGCCACUAACAUGGUUUUGAACAGAAGAGAUGUGACCUCCAGUUCAUAUAGCUCCAAAAGCCGUUUUCAAAUCAUCCCCACUCCACCUGAUGCCAUUUGUCGUUUAGAGAAAAGCAAGACGUCUUGCAGUUCCCCAGCACCCUCUAGUGGUUCUGGAGGAUCUCACAGCCAGACCCGGGGCCCAGGCAGGAAAGAGGACUGUGUGGCCAUGGGCAGAUCUGUGACAGCUGCAGCCUAUUGUGAGAAUGCAGGAACAUCCAAACCCCACAGUAGUAACCGUUACUCUGCCCCUCCAAAUUUCUACCAAGCCUCCCCCACUUCCAGCCCUGAUGUCACCCCAGGCCAUAUUCCUCGGGCCCAGACUAUCGAUACGCCAACUCAUCACAACUACCACCACUCCUCUCACCACUAUUCUGACUCAGCAGAUGAAGACAGCAACAGCAUAGCCCUUCCUCCAGCCCACCGCGUUCCCCCAGCUCAUGCCCUGUCUGAGCACAGUGGAAACGACCUCAUGAAGAGGGCAGUGGCCUUCCUGCGGCGCUCUAAUCGGAGCAAAAGUGAGCAGAGCUCUGAUUCACCGGGCCGAACGCCUGUGGCAAUGAAUGGUCACGCUCCCACGCCUUCUGCAGGACAUGCCCACUCAUCCUACAUCAGCAGUGACAAUGACUCUGAGUUUGAGGAUGCAGAUAUGAGGAAAGAACUGCAGAAGCUGAAAGAAAAACACAUGAAGGAGAUCUCUGAGCUGCAGGCGUUCCAGAGAAGUGAGAUUGAGCAUCUGUACACUGAGCUGGGCAAAACGCUGCCCCCCAAUGUCGGCCUACUUCAUGCUGUACCCCCAAGUGGUCGCAGGCGUAGGGCCAGCAAACACAAGCUGAAGGCUGGAAAACUGCUCAAUCCAAUGGUGCAGCAGCUCAAAAACAAUCUUAACACCUCCACAGAGAGGAAAGGUGAGAGUGCUGCCAGUUCAUCCAGCUCCCCGGCUAAAAGUUCAGUUCUGUCCGAUGGCCCGGGUGGCAGCUCUAGCUCCAGCAAUGAGUCCAGUGCCGCCCCAGAGCAGGUCCACACCCAACAACCCUGUUCCUUAAAGGGCUCUUUCUCCUCAGACAACAUCUACGCUGGGCUACAUGGUGAUGGAACAGCCAACCAAGCUGCCCCUGGCCAAGGCUGGACGGUUUACCACCAAACGUCAGAGAGAGUCACCUAUAAAUCUAGUAGCAAACCACGCACUAGAUUCCUCAGUGGACCUGUGUCUCUGUCCAUCUGGUCCACUCUGAAACGACUAUGUCUAGGCAAAGAGCGCAGUAGUAGGUCUACUCUCAACACCACCACAGCUCAGACAGCCGCCAGUCAGACACAGGCGUUACUCACCACAGCUACACCGUCACCAUCUCCCCAGCCAAUCACACAGCUUGCUCAGGUCCAGACCAACAACAGCAACAACAAGAGAGGCACGUUCACCGAUGAUCUUCACAAACUGGUAGAUGACUGGACGAAGGAGACUGUUGCUGCAGCUAAUCAACCACGCCCCUCCCUCAACCAGAUCAAACAGCAGAGACGCCAGCAGGACCUGGAGGGCAGAGCGCCACCCAUGGGAGCAGCUACACAUGAGAUGAAACGCCAUGCUGGUCCACGUAAAUUCCAGCUGCCUCUUUCCUGCCCCCUGACUGCUGCUUUAGGCCCUGGUAUGCCCACAACUCUAGCUCCCAACUCCUCAACUAUGCUUCCUCCUGGGUACCUUUUGCCAGCAGGCUCCUAUGGUGGUAUGGUUCCUGGUCCUCUUUACCCCCAGCAGUGGCCGGGCAUGCCUAGACCUGGCAUGCCUAGUCCUGUCGGGUCUGUGGGUCCUGUAGGCCUGGUUGGUGCUGCAAGAAUGAUGCCCUAUGCCACAGUGGCAAACGCAGGGAUCCAAGCCUACCCUCUGGUCACGCCCGACUCCCAGAAUGGCCCUUGUCCAAAACCCACUAGGACUACUUAAUCUGCAAACUAUUGUUUGAUAGUGUGUAUGGGCACGAUUGUUCAACACCACGCUGGUCUGGUUCACCAGAGCCACACAUGUACAUCAUUUGAUCUUGUAGUGUUGAUAUCCUUUAUAUCUGUGCGUGCGUGCGUGCGUGCGUGUGUGUGUGCGCACUUUUGACUAAACUCAGCCAUACAAGACGAUUUGUCUGCAGUCACACAAAACAUCUCACUUUAUUCUUUAUAACUGCAGUUUACACAUUGAUUUUUGCCUUUCUCUGUAUUACGUACACUACAUUUGAAUCCAAAUACCAGUGGUUUGAGAUACAGUAACAGGAUAUGAUGAAGAUAUUUGAAGGAAUGUAGUGCCUUGAACAUUGAUUUAUAAUUUGUUCUUCUGUGAAACAAAGCAUGUCUGCAUCAAAGUUAUUUUAUUUAAAGGUAAUUUGAGUGCAGUCCCUUUUUUUUCUCAAUGCAUUAAUGACACUUGUUUUUGUAUACAUAUGUAUGCCCUUGUAUAACUGCACUUUUAAAACAGUAUAUGCUCUUAUUUAAAAUAAUAAAAUCAUGUUUUAACCCUUGUUUACUUUCCACCCCUGUGACAGAUGGAUUUCCGUAGUGGUGAGAUGUACCGUUGCCUUGCAGAAACAAAUGGUUAAUGUACGACUGAUGAGAGAAAAAAAAAAUAAUUACGCCAGCAGCCAAAUCCACUCUUUCGGGUCAAAUGGUUCAGUCGGACACAGCCUCUUUUUGAUAGGACAACUGAUGCAUUGGACAGCAAAAGGGUUGGCAAUGUUGUAGCCUUGUGCUCAGAGGAGAGGUGGUGUCCAGAGCCAUAUAUACUGUACAUAGUUCUUUCUACAGAAUAUGCCUCUGGAAGUGUUCUAAUCAGAAUGUAGCAAUUAAUAUGUGAAGGUUUGAGGCUUAAAAGUGCAAUUUAACCCUUCCACAAAGCUUUGAUCGUGGCCUUGCCACAAGCCUUAUCUCUGAUGUGUGCAACAGGAGCAAGCAGAAGAGUUGAACAAAGUUACAAAUCACCAAGCAACAGACAAAAGUUACCGUGCAAAGUAUAAACCUUACAAACAACCAAGCAAACAAGUCACUACUGCUUACUGUUCUUUCAACUUGGCUAUCCUAUUACUCAGCAUACACUACAUGUGAAAUGUUAUGUGCAAUCACCAGUUAAGUCAGAUGUUUUUAAAUGAUUUGAUGUUUAAAGCUUGACUUUUUAAUGCUGCUAUUGUUUGAGGUGAUUCCACUGUACAGUUACGCAUUACAGUCGCAUAAGGUGGUACUUAAAUAAGAACAACUCUAAAUUAAAUUCACAAACGAGACCCUCACAAAGCAGUGUUUUGCCCUGUUGAAAUGUUGAUUUUUUUUAAUUUAUUUUUUUCUCCCCAGGUUGCUUUGAACUCAUUUCAGAACUUAAAUGAUACUUAAUGUGGGAGAUUUGCACAACAUAUAGUCUCCCUUAAAUCUAACGUGUUUCCUACACUGUAUAUAGUGGCUUCCACCGCCUGUACUUUUUUAUCACUGAUAAGCAUGGCCAACUUUUCAUGUUUCACAAAGCAAAAAAACAAUACAGCUACAAUGGUUAAAUAUUUUACAUCUCAACACAUUUGAACGGUUUCAGCACCCCGAUUUCUGCCAAGCUGUGAAUUGUACAGUUUUCUUGUAGUUUAUAUUUGUACUUUUUUUUUUUUUUUUUUUGACUGUUUAGAGGUGGUGGUGGGAGGGGUUGCUUAGAUGUAUAUUAUUCCAUAAAUUCAGUUUGAAUUGGACUUUUAUAAGAUAUUAUGCAGAGUCUUCUGCUUUGGUGAAAUACUUCCAGUAGUAAGAGAUUUCUGUUCUCUGUUACUUGUAUCUGGUUUUGUUCCACCUCCUUUGCUGUUAACUCAUAGUUAGCGGAGGAAGGAAUAACUAUUAUUUGCAUAUUCAUUUGGAUGCAGUGAUUAAACAGAGGGGGCUGAGAUUACAGAGGAGGAGGAGCAGCCUUGGCCCUUUCUUCUCUGCUCAUCUCACUUCGCUCUGGACAGUAUUGCCCCCUGGUGAAUGUGCUCUGAUUGUCAAAAGGCUUGUAUUCAAACUGUGUGGGAUUGCUUCUGCCUGCUGAAUGUCCCACUGCAUUACCCCACCCAACCCUGCUGCACUCUAUUCAUCACAGACUGUAUGUUGAGAGAGAGAGAGAGAGAAAUAAAUAUUAUUUUGUGCUUGA